AUGGACUUAUCAUAUCCAAUAUUCCAUCCUUUCCUCUUUCUCUACCAAGUAUGGCAAUUCUUCCUUGCCAAACUUCUUUCUCCUUCCCCUCCAGUUGAUGGUCAAAAGCUUGGAAGACCAAAAAUUGCAAUUAUUGGUGCUGGAUUGACUGGUGUUUCUGCUGCUUCUCACUGUGUGGGCCAUGGAUUUGAUGUGCAAAUCUUCGAGGCUGGUCCUAGGAGUCAAUUGGGUGGUAUCUGGAGUAGAGUCAACAGUACAUCUGGUCUACAAAUUCAUUCCUUGAUGUACCGAUUUCAUCCCUCCGUUCAAUGGCGAGGUGGCUAUCCAAAUCAACAACAAAUCGUAUCUCAAAUCACCGAACUUUGGAAGCGAUAUGGUCUAGAAGAGAAAACAAAGUUCGAUACUAAAGUCGAGAAAGUGUAUCAAGACGACAGAGGACGAUGGAUAAUCAAUAACACGUCAGAAGGACGAUUCGAAGGUAUCAUCGCAGCAGUGGGAACCUGCGGAGAUGUAAAAAUACCACAUAUCCCAGGCAUGGACAAAUUCAAGGGGGAGAUAUAUCAUUCAAGUGAUCUCACCGGUAAAGACGCAAAGGGAAAGAAAAUCAUUAUCAUUGGAGGUGGUGCAAGUGCAGUUGAAGCAUUGGAAUUUGCGACCCAUGAGGAAGCAGCUGAGACCACAAUUUUGGCCAGGAGUGACAAAUGGAUCAUCCCUCGAAAUGCUGUCGUGGAUAUGCUACUCGCAUUAAAUAUAUUCGGACAAGAAACAUUCUUGAGUUGGAUACCAGAAACUCUUCUCAGAAAACUCUUUUACAGAGAUCUAGAAGAUCUAGCUCCUAACGACAAAGGAUUAUUCACUGGUACACCCAUGGUCAAUUCAGACGUCAUGGAUAAAAUCCGUCAAGGAAAAGCCGAAUGGUUACGUGGCGACAUUAAAGGAUUCACCGAAGAUGGUAUCAAGUUCAAUCUUCGCGCAAAAGGUGUUCCACCAGGUGGCCCUGGAAAAUCCAAACUCGUAAAGGGUGAUAUCGUCGUAAUGGCUACAGGAUUCGACCGUCCAUCUCUCGACUUCCUCCCCUCAGACACUUUCCAAGAUCCUUACUCGCCGCCUAACUGGUAUCUCCAAACCUUUCCUCCCUCACAUCCAUCCAUCUGCUGUAACAAUUGCACAUACGUCAAUGCCAUUGGUGCGGUAGGCAAUUGGCAUAUCGGAAUCUACACACGUAUUCUUCUCAUGUUUCUAUCUGAUCCACUAACCAGGCCUAGACCCUUCUGGAUGGAACGCUGGAUUGAUAUGACGCGAUUCCUUAAAAGAUUCAGUCCAACGGGCGCGUUUGAUUUCUUUACAUAUCUGGAGCUGGUAUGGUGGUUCACGUUUUGUAUCGCGAUCAAUCCAUUUAGAUGGAAGUGGGCUCUCUUUGUGUUCACGGGUAUCGGAAGAGGAUUGCCAAGGAAGGUUGUAGAAGCGGAGGAUUCUUUGAGGGGAACGUUAGGAUGGAGAAAUGGACAUAACGAGAAUCAUGAUCAAGGCAAGAGCCUUUAA